GCURAAGAAAUGUCACCUAUUGCAAUUAAAAAUCUCAUGAAUUUAAGGAAAGUGAUAACACUUUUUAAUCAAGCUGGUAACAAGUCAAGAGAUAGAAAACAAGUUAAAGAUCUUGCAAUGGAUUACCUUUUAAAGGAUCUCACAACUAACCCUUCACUACCAAUYCCUGAGAGAUAUUGUGAAAUGGGUUUAUGGAAACAAAUAAUGCAAGUAAACCAACAUGUCUGGAGGUUAAUGGAGUCACUKGAGGAACAGGAUGUAGGUUCAAAUGAUUGUGAAAAGACCGAGAAUUCUGCUGAAAAACCAAAGAAAAGUUUUCGGGAUUUCUACAUGGAGAUGAUCACCUCAAACUUUUCUGAUGACUUAGAUAAAUUAAGAAAGGAUCCAAGCCUUGAUCACAAAAAGGUUAGCAUACUGAUUGAUUGUUUGGAGACAGGGAAAGAUAUAUGGUCAGAUGUUGAGAAAGAACUACUGCAAUCUCUUGAGAAUUGAUCAAACCAAGAUUAAUUUUGAGUUAUAAGAAGAAGAAAAAUGUUGUUAGUUGCAAAAUAAGGAGAAAGCUUGUCAUGAUCAACACCAAUGAUUUAUAUUUAAAAAAAUCAAAUACC